CCGCCUGUCGGGGCUCAGCCCUCCGGACCCCCCUCCGACCCCCGGACGCUUCCCCAGAGAGUCCCGAAUGCCUCUGACUGGUAAAAUGGCCACCAAGAUGAGCCUCUUCCUGGUCGUCGUCAUCUUGAUCAAGACGUCUGCCUCAGUGUCCAUCCUGAAACCGGCCCUGGAAGACAACGGGGGGAGCGGCGACGGUGAGGGGGCUUCCUCCGUCACGCCCCCGGUGAGCCCCGCGUCGGGUCUGGAUCCCACCUCCAUGGAGGACCUCGAGGGGACCUCUGUGAACGGCACGUCGACCUCCCUCACCUUGCUGGAUGGAAUCGUCGACUUCUUCCAGACCUACAUGCUCCUGAUCAUCGUGGUGGGCUCCUUGGUCUUCAUCUUCCUCUUCAUCAUCUGCGCCGCCGUCAUCCUCCAGCAGAAGCACAAGGCGUCGGCCUACUACCCGUCGUCCUUCCCGAAGAAGAAGUACGUGGACGAGAACGACAAGUCCGGCGGGGCGAAAGCCUUCCACGAGGUCCCCGAAAAGCCCGCAGACUGCCGUCAAGAAGAGCCGGUGGAUUCCUCCAAGCAGCUGCAGGCCGACAUCUUGGCGGCCGCUCAGAACCUCAAGUCCCCAGCCAAAGCCGUCACGGCCAACGGGGAGAGCGUGAGAAUCGCCCAGGACGGGCCUGCCCAAGAACCGGAGGAGGGAGUGAAGAGCAAAGAGCAAGGGGAAGAAGAAGAGAAAGGGGCUCCGAAAGAGCAAGGCGGCACCCGGGAAGUGGCUGUGCCGGAGACGGAGGCCUCCGCUUCCCCCGACUCAGUGGACGGGGAGGUCAGAGGAGGAGGAGAUGGCUGCUCGUCCAGCGCGGACGGACCGCAGGUGGAGGAGACCAAGAUGCCCCCUACAGAGGACUCUGUGGAAAAGCCUGUGUCCGAGGCAUCCCCAACGCAAGCCCCUGACCCCGAGGAAGGAGAGACAGGUGCCCCUCCACCUCCGGAGGGUUCCCAGGAAGCUCAGCCUUGAGCUGGGGUUGACCUUUGCCCUCCACUGGAGGUCGAACCUGUGAUGGACUCCACAAAAACGGAGUGUUGGGACACAAGAAGGCCCGUUUUUGGGCAUCAACAACCUCGCAACCUGCCCACCUCUUGAGGUCAAGAAGCCUCCUUAGAAAGCCGCCUGCCGUGGUCUUCCUUUCAGGGCCUUUCCCGCCACGGCCACGUCACGUGGUUCCACCAGAUACUCCUUUAGAGUCCAGGGUGAGAUGGAGGGCAGUCUCAUCAGCUGAGGGGACUCUUCCGGAGAAACCAAGCCCUAUAUUGAAUGGCAUCAUCUGUGGCAAACUGUUUCCUUCCAAGGCUCGUGUCGCAGGCUGUAUUCUAAUGACUUCAUCAUCCUUCUAGAGCUGGGAUAGUUUAUUCGUAACCUAUAGACAAGGGCUGGGACGCCAUUCCAUUCGAAGCCAAGGAAGAUCUGGGAAGGUCAUUUGUUGGCUUCGCAUUUUCUUCCUCUGGCCCCAAUUCUGAAAACUCAGUGGGUGACCCUAUCAGAAGACCAAACAAUAGCCACUUUGACCACUCCUUGACAUCUGCACAACAUUAAGCUUUAAACCCCACUCACGUGAUACACAACAAACUCUCUAUGUAGGCCAGCCCAGUUUGAUAACAAAUCCCACUGCUGACACCAGCGAGUUCGGGUCACACGAGAUGAUCUCGUGGGUACAUCAAGAAAACACAUCUACUUAUGUUUUCCUCCCCUCUGCCUCUGGCAAAUGUUUUGUGAUUGGCCCUCUGAUGGUACACCCAGGCUUCAUUUGCAAAUCUGAUUGCUCUGGGGUGGAGCUUUGAAGGAGCUACGUUCCUAGAGGGAAAACAGGCCAACAUCUUCUAAAUGCGAAUAUGGAUCUUCCGUGCAAAUUUGAACCUGCCUUCAAAUACUGGAGGAAGGGGGGAGAAAGCCCCUGACAGACCCCAGCUUUAAAUCCUCAAAUAAGCCUGGGAUCACCGGGAACCAUUUCAGCGCUUCCAAGUAUAUGAACAGUCCUAAGAAAAAUGUGCCUUAAUCUUGCGAUAUUUUAUACACGUCACUGGCACACUUAAGGAUGCAGGAAUACCCAGGCAUUUAUAUGAUUCCAAGAGAGAGAGAGUGUGUGUAAAAGACCUCAAGACAAUCACGAGUGGAAAUCCCUCUAAAUUAGCCUUUUGCAUUUCUUGAAACCUGAACAGCCUCAAUCAACCCACAAUCAGCCUUAAUUUCAACCUUUAUUAAUCAACCUUAAUCCCCCCCCCUUUGGAUUUAUAAUACAUGCGAGACAGUUAUAUUUGCAAUGCUGACACAUCUCCCUUGCCUGUUUGUUGCCAAUGUUUCUUGGACAGACAAGAGAUUUUCUUUUCAUGAGAUAGCUUUUCUUUUUUUUAAAAAAAUCAUUUUCGGUACUACUUUACCAAAGGACUUUAGAGAUGGAAAUUUUAGCCUGUCCCCUCUUUUGGGACAAAGCGGGGUCCUUUUUAUAAGCAUGAUAGCUGGAUUGAGUCCAUUUUAUACCUUUUACAUGACAAGCCUUGAAGAAGUUGAGGUGGAGUUGAAAAGCGGGUGUGCGCCGGCAGAGAAUCGGUUGUCCUUUCAGUGCGCUUCUUCGUUAAAGGUUCUGCUGGUAUUUAUGACUGUGGUUUCUUUCUCCCUUAAACACAGAUUUUCUGGGCAGAUAACGACAUAUCUUUUUUCUCGUUUGGCACUUCCCACGGAUCCGACGACGACUCCCAGCAUCGCUGGCAUGAUUGUCGCAUGAGCUGUGUGUUUAAUUUUCCUCAUCUAAUACUUUUGUGAUUUGGCGGUUUCUGAGGAUAGCAUUAACUCCCCCCCAACGCUAUUUCAUCUAUGGGGUGUGGCAGGAGGUGCUUCCAUGGGGCAAACAAUAUGUGUUCUGUUUUGCAAGGUGACACCCUCCCCCAAAGUUAAAUGAAAGCCAUUUAAUUUGGACUCUUCCAUGGAAGUUAUUGGUCUGUUCCCCCAAAACCGUUUUCAGCUCCAGGGCAACCCUUGCAAAACAGCUGAGAACAUGAAGCAGGGAGAAAAAAGAGCAUAAAAUCGAACAAUCAAUUCUGCAGUGAGCCCAGUUUUUAAAAAUUAAAAUUGCAGCAUGGACUGUUCUUGUCUUUCUCAGUUCCCCGUUCAUUGUACAAUUACUAAUAAAUAUGUAUUUUUAUUUCCUA